CUGCUACCACAGAGCGAGCGCAGUCGCGGAAAUACGAGCCCAUUCGGUCCGCAGGGGCUGUCUAAGCUGAGCAGAUUCCGGAACCCCGCUCAACAGCAAAAUGUCCCUCGAUCCCGAAGCAUCCAGGGAUCUCCUAGACCAGAAGAUAGGUCACCUGCGAAUACAGAAGGCCCUGCUCCAGGAGCAAAUACGCCAGCUUUGUGAGGAUCGAAACGGCCUCUCCCCGGUGUCGCGUGUUCCCGACGAAAUUCUUUGCGAGAUUUUCAUGCUUUGCGCGCAGAUAUGGAGGGAGCGGCCCAAAGGUCCCAAACCAUGGAUCGCUGUGACGCAUGUAUCCAGAAGAUGGCGAACCGUGGCUCUUAAUUAUCCCAAUUUUUGGUCGACAAUCUACGACCCCGACCGCAUGGGACCUUCCUGGCUCAGUACCUGGCUGAAGAGGUCUCAAGAGACACCUUUGACGAUCGAAAUCCCUGAUCUUUAUUACACAGGCAGGCCUCGCCUCCCUGAAGUCCAAGCAGAGCUGUGUCGUGCGCUCAAGCAGACUUGGAGGCUGAGAGAAGUUGAUAUAGCUGGGAGGGGGGACCAGAUCGACGUCUUCUUGGCCACCAUGGCAUCUCCAACGCCGCUUCUGAAGAAACUCCGGAUCGUCAAUGGUUCUGCCCACGUCGAUGUCUUCCCCGAAACCUUCCUUAACGGCGAUGCUUCCAACGUGCAGGAACUGAUCCUGUUCAAUGGCUCCUUACCCAGGGACCCGUCUUUAUUCAUGAAUGUCACGGAACUCACCCUCUACUAUCGUACCAACGCGGGGCCCGGUGCCUCUAUCCGCGAAUCUCUUCUCGCUCUCGGGAAACUACCCAGCCUUUCCGCAUUGACCCUCGAACUUCCGCCGACCACCUUCGACUCUGCAAUGUUAGUACCGCUGCCUCAGACCAUCGAACUCGCAAGCAUAGCUUUUCUCGACGUUACCGCCACCAAAUCGGCAUGUACCGCAUUGCUCCAAUCCAUCCGAAUUCCAUGUCAGGGUAUCGAUUUAAGAACACACAUCACGGACACAAUGGAUGAAUCCUCCUUUGCAGCAUAUGCGUCAGCUUUCUCCUCGGUCUGGCUUCCUCCGAUUGCAGGUUCCGGUCGUGCCCUGCUCCUCAAUCCCCCGAUUGUCAUCCUUCAGCAAGGUGAUUAUGGCGAUGCACUUUUCGUCAAGGCGCACACCGAGGAAGACUAUUUCAGCCUAUGGCUAGAAGACCUUGACCCUAUUCCCACUCUCUCCACUCUCUUCCCCGAUGCUGAUACCCACUCUCUUGUGCUCAGAGGCAAAUUUCCAGUCGAGAUUAACCCGUUUUUCGACUCCUUUCCCAAGGCGGAGGAACUCGACUUGCGCGGACAGACCGAUGCUAUCUCAUUGCUCACCUAUCUGGAAGGUGACCAAGCCCUUUCAGCCAGACGGACGAACCAGCAACAAUGCCACUUGACGCGGCUUCCCUGUUUGACGCGUAUCGUGGUCAGGAAUGUCGACCUUGGAGGGGAAUACGCGAACGGUGUCUGUAUCUUCGACGAACUCCUCGACGUUCUGGAGGCUCGAGCAAGGAUAGUCGCCCAGGCCGGUAUUCAGAGAAUCGAUUUCGAUUGGCAGUGUCUGAGUCUGGAUGAACCGUGGAUGGGACGGUUGAGGGAGAUUGUGGAGAAUGUUACCGUUGGCGAAGUAGAGGAUUGUCUGUAUGUCGACGACGAGUCAGAUGAUGACGAUGAAGAUUGA